AUGAAACUCACCAAUUUUGCUGUACUCGCUUCCCUUGUUGCUCUAACUGCUCAGUCCGUGUCCGCCGCCAAUGUCAAGGUCGCUGACCCUGUCGAUGCUUCCCCUACUACCGACGUUACUGCCAUGGCACCCAGCCCUGUCGCGUCCAGUACUUACGUCGAUGUUGAGCUGCUUGACCCCUCUGCAUCCAACGGCACCGUCAACGUCAAGGUCCCUCUUCCUGGCUUUAGCAAGGAACUCUAUUCUUCCCUUGUCGCCGGCUCGGAGAGCACUCUCUCUAGCGCCGCUUGCAUCCCCCCGGGUUCAUUCUGUACAUGGGGCUACUGGGACUGCUGCGGCACUUCGGGCUGCCUCUUACUCUCGAUUGCUGGUGGUGUCUGCGUUUAG